AUGGACUACUGUGUCGAAUUUCAGAGUCAACUAAAACUUGCGAAAGACAUGGGCUAUUCCGAAGAAGUUGUUCUUGCUGCACUUCAAUCACAAGCAAAAAAUAAAGAAGGGAUUUAUGUACCAUUCGAAAGCACGAACGCGAUGCUUGAUAUCUUAAACCAAGCCGCUCUCCGAAAAUCCGCAUCACCAUUGCCUGCUGGUACUGCUGGGAGCUGCAGCAGUGAUCGAAAGAAUGUGCCGCGAUCAUUGUCAUUUCAUGGCGGCUCACUCUCUCUCGUAAGCCCUCGGGGCGAUGAACUUUCUCGAUUGCUUCGAACAUUCGAAGCAGAGAAAGCUCGAGAUCUUGAGGCAGCGGAGAGCAAUAUGGCGCUUCUCAAAGCUCGUAUUCACGACUUGGAGCGUUUCAACGAUCAAUAUCAGCAGAAUGAGCAUGAGUUGCGUGAAUGUAUCCAGCAGCUUCAGCAAAGAAACGAAUCACUGAUUAACGAUUUCGAGAAGUGUGAAAACGAGAGGAUACAAUUAAGUCAGACUAUCGUUGAACUGCAGGCAGUAACGGAUCGUCUGACAUUAGAGAACCUUCGAAAUGAACACCAAGCCAAAGAUCAGAAGGAACUCGCUGAGCACAGGAAAAAGCAGCACGAUCAGCAGAUUUCUGCUAUGGAAGAGUCGAUUCGAACUCUAACCGAAAAAUGCAACUCAUUAUCGGCAAACUUGAAAGACAAGGAGAAGCAACUGAUUGAGAAAUCCAGGCGUAUUCAAGAGAUCGAAGACCGACAUUCUCAUCUGCAGCCGGAGACGUUGCUGGAAAAAAUAAUGAACGAAUACCGACUAAAGCGAAUCGAAGAGGAGAAACGAAUAGAAGCGAACGACCUAUUUCAUAGAAAAAUGUUUAAAUAUCAUGAACAAUUGUUGGCAUCACUUCCUCGAUUAGAGGAACAUCGUCGACGUCUAGAGGUGGAAAAAGAAUGUGCCAUUGAAGAGAGUGAACAGCUAAGGAGAGAAAUGUCGCGCCUGAGGGAGAAAAUCUGCGCGGAAUGUUGCAUCUGCCUCGCUACGAAGCCAUCCGUACUGUUUCUGCCGUGCCGUCACAUGGUGGUCUGCGAUUCAUGCCAUGCUGAAUCAACCAUAUCCGAGUGCCCCACGUGCAGAACUCAUGUCGGAGAUUCAAUGAAAGUGUUUUCAUAG